GCAUCUGUCAAAUCAGAGUGACUGGUGUUAAUGAAAAUUUCUUAUUCAAUCUGUUCAUUGCGUGCCAUUGCUAUUUCUCUCGUGCAAUUCUUCAUUAUUAUUUGCUAAAAAAUAUUUAUGAUGCAAAGCAUGUUUUCGAAUCGUUACAACAAAAGGCGACGCGAUUUUUACGAGCGUUACGAAGCUGCGAGGAAGCGUCAUCCUAGUUUGCCCGAGAACGAGCGUCCGGUGGAGCCAACUGAGCUGAAGAUUUCAAACUGUUCCGUUAAUCGCCGCCACUUUUCGUAUCGUCAAGUGGCCAAUCAGACGCGAGAGCAGCUGCAGAACGACUCCUGGCUAACCAGUAAUCGACUGCCCAUUGUGGUGCGCCACAAAAUCGAGCUGCGGAACAACAAGCCUCUGAUGUCCAGAUACAACGCGGGAGGGGCUACCCAUGAGUUCAGCCAUAAUGGCAUACCACGACGUGGUCGUCCUCCAACCGCCGCCACUGCAGCCAAAUUAGCAUCUGAAUUCGCCCUUCAAGUCGGUGGCAUUUCCAAAACGCUGACCGACAAAGAUGAAGGCCAGUCAGGAGGGUCGUUGGAUGUGCAGUUGAAGACCAAGAUAGCGGACAAGAUUACGGACAAGACUGCGGACAAGAUUCCGGAUAAGAUGGCAAACAAUGUGGCGGACAAGAUUCCGGAUAAGAUGGCAAACAAUGUGGCGGACAAGAUUCCGGAUAAGAUGGCAAGCAAUGUGGCGGACAAGAUUCCGAAUAAGAUGGCAAACAAUGUGGCGGACAAGAUGAUGAACAAGGUGCCGGACAAGAAAACGGAUAAGAUGGCGGUUAAGAUGCCGGAUAAGAUGCCGGAUAAGAUGGCGGAUAAGAUGGUGGAUAAGAUGGUGGAUAAGAUGGGGGAUAAGUUGGCGAACAAUAAGACGGACAAGAUGACCGAAAAGGUGGCAGACAAGAAGGCGGACCAAUUGGCGGAGGACUCCAAGAUCUUGGGCUCCGUAAACAUCAAAGUCGAAGGGGUCGAGCAAAAUCAAGCGGUGCCACAGCCAAGUUCGAUGACCAAUACCAAUAUUAAUGCCAAUCAGGGUUUUUCCGCAAACUGGAACUUGAGUUCAACUUUAAGCGCUUUUCCUAACUCCGUACAGAGCUUGGAUUUUAACUGGGCCGAACACUUCAAUGCUAUAUCAAACCAGUACUACAAUCAUAUCAUAAACUCCGUCCCGUUUUCGGGCCAGUUACAGUCGUUUAACCCAACACCUUUUAGAACACCUUUUCUUGGUGUUAACCCAUUGAUGAUGGGUCCUCACCCACCAUUUCGGGUCUAUACGUGCCCGAUGGAAAGCUGCAAGCAAAACUUUGAUACGCGACGCGCCAUGUACAAGCAUCAACGCGAGACUGGUCAUCACGCCUGGUCACACAACUGCAUCAAGUGUGGCCAGGUCUUUCGCACAGCGGGCUUCAAGCGCAUGCACUCCUCUAAUGCCUGUGAGCGCAAUCUGCACAAGUUCAAAAUCGCUAAGCCGAAUGAAACUAAGCCAAGAACAAAGCCGGAAUAACUCUGUCCUACCUCUGGCACUGAGCGCUUACACAGCUAAAAAAAAUUAAUUCAACAUCGUUUUUUUCUUUAUAAAACAAAUUUAUUUGAGGUGUUUCCCAUAAAUAUUGGAACACGAGAAAAUGUGAUAGGAAUAUUUUUUAUCAUCAAUAAAGAACAUAACAGCGAAA